CACUAGCACCAAACACUCCCUUUGUUAGUGUCUUUAGCCCUCGGCCUUCCCCUUAAAGAAACAGAAAGCCAUUUGUGCAAUCAUGGUGAAAGCAAAGAAAGUCCAGCUAAAGUUGGGUAGUGCUGCUUAGUUGCUCAACCUUAUUAAAAGCCUACCUUACCUUACCCUCCCCUCCAUUCCUAUUCAAAUUUCAAACCCAACACAGCAUAUCCCCUCUCUCUUAUUCUUUCGAGUCUUUUUGGAUAUUUGUGAAAGGUAGGUAAAAGAUACAUACUCCUUGAUUAUACCCUUUACCUUCCUGUAUGAAUGGAAUAAGUGGGUGAAGAAAACAAGGAGAUCAGGUAGCUAGUCCCAGAAAAUGAGCACAGCUAGGUUCAUCAAGUGUGUCACUGUUGGGGACGGAGCUGUUGGCAAGACAUGCAUGCUCAUCUCUUACACUAGCAACACCUUCCCUACUGAUUAUGUGCCUACAGUGUUUGACAACUUCAGUGCUAAUGUGGUGGUUGAUGGCAGCACAGUUAACCUUGGAUUAUGGGACACUGCAGGACAGGAGGAUUAUAACAGGUUGAGGCCUCUGAGUUAUAGAGGUGCUGAUGUGUUCUUAUUGGCGUUUUCUCUAAUCAGCAAAGCUAGCUAUGAGAACAUUGCCAAGAAGUGGAUUUCUGAACUAAGGCAUUAUGCCCCAACUGUGCCAGUCGUGCUUGUGGGAACCAAACUUGAUUUACGAAACGAUAAGCAAUAUAUGAUAGAUCAUCCUGGUGCUACACCAAUCACAACUGCUCAGGGGGAGGAACUAAAGAAGAUGAUUGGUGCUGCUGUCUACAUAGAGUGCAGCUCCAAGACUCAGCAGAAUGUGAAGGCUGUCUUUGAUGCUGCAAUCAAGGUUGUUUUGCAGCCUCCGAGGCCAAAGAAAAGGAGACAGAAGCGUAGGCCACCAUGUGUGUUUCUCUAAAUCAAAUUUCAGCUAUCAGUUUCUUCCAUGUGAAAUGAAAUCUUCAUGACUCUGCCAAAUCAUGAGCCUGUAUGACUUGGUAGAGUCAUGAUAGAAUUUCUGUUUGCCAGUUCUCUCUGGGCCUUUAUUGCUUUCUUGUAAUGCAACAUGUUCCUAUCAAGUAUUACUAUUUCUGCUUUCA